GCACAUUACAUACAGCAGGGUGGGAACAAAGCAUUGCAUACAGUAUUUUCUGAAUUGAUUUUGUCGACACAUUCUAAGCACGCCUUCUAAAACGAGUAACAGCAAGUGCUCUAAGGUUAACCAGACAGUACAGAAAAACCGAAAGCCAGAGAAUGUCUCAGCAUCACCACGCCCACAACUACGAAUGCUACUCGCACACGUCGGGCGCCAAGGAGGACACCCAUAUGGCGUCGGGCGAGAAGGAGGUCCACACCACCAGCUACACCCACGCGGAAGCCAAGGCGCCCGUUCUGAAUGUCCCUGAUCCGCUAACCGUCACUGGCAUCGCCGGUCUGGGACAGACACUGGUGGGUGAGGGUUUCGCCGCCUCGGCGGUACGGGCGUCCGGUGAAUCGGAAAGGGUCACCGUCCUGCCUAACGAGCACCUGACGGAGGAGGCCCGCCGCGACCAGGAGAAGUACCAGAAGGAGAAGGAGGCCAUUGCGGAGCGCCAGAAGCACGCGUUGGAGGCCAAGACGGAGGCCUACCGGAAGGAGGCCGAGCAGCAGGCCGAGAAGAUCCGCAAGGAGAUGGAGAAGCAGCACGAGCGGGAUGUCGGCUUCCGUCAGGAGCUGGUCAGUGAGACCAUCGCGGCGCAGAAGAAGCAGGUCGAUCUGGAGGCGCAGAUGGCCAAGAAGCAGUUGGAGCGCGAGGGGCAGGCGGCGCGCGAGGCUCUGGAGAAGAGCAAGAUGACCAGCAAUGUGGAAGUCAACUUCGACACUGCGAUCGGCCACGCCGUCUCUGGCAGCACCACGGUGGAGUCGGAAGUGAACAAACUAAACUGAAUAAAUAAUGUUUACUGAUACAGUGCUUACGUACUGUAAAUACUAAUAACAAUAAUUAUUCUAAUAUAUUCCUCUAUCAUGUGCUAUGUGCAUUUUUAUGGUAACUAUGUGAAUGUGUGUAUGUCUUUACAAUCAGGUACACCGCACAGUUGAUCCAAGUGCUUCUCUAUCGUGAACUACUCUAGCGUAUGGCGAUCAAAUCUUGCCGGUCAAUGCUAAUUAUACAGACAAAAAUCAUUUAUUGCAG